UCUGAUCCCAAUCUAUUUGACACGCUUCUGAAUCAGCAGAUGCAUAAAACGACGAAAAAUAGCCUCGAACGAUCCAACCAAUCACAAUGGAUAGAGUUUUCUCUGUUGAAGACAUGUCCGACCACUUCUGGUCUUCAUCCGCCACCGCAGGAGGUGGCGACGACGACAAAGACAACAAACCCGGUUCUAAAAUGAACCGUAGUGCUUCGGAGUGGGCUUUUCAGGAGUUCCUUAGAGAAGAGGUUGAUAACAAAGGCGAAGAUCAUAACGAGGGGGAGAAAGUUGAUGAGGAGCUGAAGAAGAAGAAGAAUGGGUGUUUUGGAAGUAACAACAACGAUAAUGUUCCUGCAGAUUUAGAGGGUUAUCAGGCUUUUCUUAAGAAGAAGCUUAACUUGGCUUGCGCUGCUGUUGCCAAGUCAAUGGCAUCUAUUGCUACACCACAAGACACUGCUGGUAGAGCCGACAGUGGAUCACAGGCAUCUAAUACUGCACAAUUGGGAUCCAAAACUGUUUUGAAAGGAGCCGGUGACAAGGAUGAUAAUUCAGUGGUUGGAAUUUCUUCUUUUCCGAAUGGACAGAAGAAACUUGGAGCUCAGGUUAGGACAAGCACAAGUACCGGAUCGUCGAUAGAGCAGUCGGAAGAAGAUGAAGUUGAAGGAGAAAAUGGAACAAUGGAGAACAUGGAUCCUGCGGACGCAAAACGUGUAAGAAGGAUGCUUUCAAAUCGAGAGUCAGCUAGGCGGUCUAGACGACGAAAGCAGGCUCAUUUGACAGAACUUGAGACACAGGUUGCUCAAGUAAGAGUUGAAAAUGCAAACUUGUUGAAGCGUUUGACUGACAUUAGCCAAAAGCACAAUGAAGCAGCUGUUGACAACAGAGUUUUAAAAGCUGAUGUAGAAACAUUGAGAGCAAAGGUAAAACUGGCUGAAGAGGCUGUCAAAAGAACUACUGGUUUGAACCAUCUGUUCCAUGCCUCACCUGAGAUAUCGACAAUGGGCAUCUCGUCGUUUGAUGGAAGUCCGUCUGAUACAUCAGAUGCUGCUGUUCUAGUGCAAGGCGGUCCAAAGCAUACCUUUUAUCAGGUUGCUGCAGACAAUCCUAUAUCCACUCACGACCAGAGAAUCAACAAUGCACUAACAGAAAUUUCUUCAGUUGAAAACGUACAAACAAAUUCCCUAGGAUCAGCAGUAACAGGAAACCAAGUUGGACGAACAGCUUCUAUGCAGCGAGUGGCUAGCUUGGAACAUCUGCAAAAGCGGAUCCGUGGCGGCGUAAGCCCCUGUGUGUCCCAGUCGAAUGGGAAGCAAUAGGAGCAAGGCACACAAACGGAGUCCAAAGAGAGUUACUAAAGAAUGUCUCGGAAUUUGACUAAAGUGUGCCAUACUUUCUGGUUUAACUACUGGAAACAAUGUUAUUCUUUUGGUUAAUUAUGCAGUAACGGCAACUGCUUGAUUAAACCUUUCUUUACUCAUGUGAUAUCUGCUGGAAAGUGA